GUUGAAAUCUGUGAGUUAAAAAAAGAGGCUACAGAAAACAAUAAAAAAUAGUAACUCUUUCAAUUCUAUAUUCAUCAAAAAAUAGCUUUAUAAAUCUUUUGUAUUUGUGUAGUUUGAUUAAGCUUAAGCUUCAUCAUGGAGUAAUUAGAUAUUGUUAUAGAAAGAAAACAAGAUAAAAACUGAGGUAAAAAAGGAAAGUUAAGAGAGAAAAUGGGAAGCAAAAAUGGAGAAAAAAACGAAGAAUAAUAAUUGUAGCUAACCAAACACAUCAUCAUCAUCAUCAGAAACAACAACUUUUCUCUAAUCCAUUACCCCUUUUUCCUAUCUUUCUUCAGUUGGGGUCUGUUAUUAGAUUUUAUCACUGACCCCAACUCUCUAAAGUUGGAAUCUUUUCAAUUUUCAUAUGAAAAUUAUACUAAUUUUCUGUCUUGCAGCUGAUUCUUGCAAGGAAAUGUUAUCAUUUGCCUAGAUCGUAAAUAUUCUUUGACCUAGCUGAACAGCCGAAAAGAAGAACAAAGGUUAAUGCACCUACCCCAUUCUUCAUCUGGUUGACACCUAGUAUGGAUGGAUGAAAAGGAGAUUUAUUUGUCUUGACAGGCACGGAUGUGGUUUCAUAUAGAGCUUGUAUGUUGGUUUUAAGGUGCUGGAAGAGAUCUGCACUGGCUUGCUAACAAUUGAUUUUGCUGCUUAGGCCUUUCAGAUUGAUGAAAGUUCUGUGUUUCAAUCAGUAAAACAUUACGACCAGAAGAUUGUAGUUUCAAAGUUAUGAUUAAACAGAUACUCAAUAGGCUCCCUAGGAAGCCUUCCAAGUCAACAGAAAAUCGUGAUGGAGGAAGCUCUGCAUCACCAUCAAGUGCUUCAACUAGCUCUACAAGCAGUGACUUGUCUAGUUCCCGGUCAGGAAAUUCGAGUGCCACUACUCUUUCAGGAGUAACUUCUUCAACUCAAGGACUCAAUCAUGGAAAUAAGUUACCACAGGCUGCAAAUGCUAAGGUGAAUGGAAGUGCAGCGGUUUUUCCAUAUGAGACCUUGCCUAGUUUUAAAGAUGUACCAAGUGCUGAGAAGCAAAACUUGUUCAUUAAAAAACUGAACUUGUGCUGUGUAUUAUUUGACUUUACUGACCCAACAAAACACUUGAAAGAAAAAGACAUCAAGCGGCAGACAUUAGUGGAGCUUGUUGAUUAUGUUAGUUCUGCGAAUGGAAAAUUCACAGAAACUGUCAUUCAAGAAAUAAUUAAAAUGGUGUCUUUAAAUCUGUUCAGGCCUCUUACUCCUCAGCCUCGUGAAAACAAAGUAUUGGAAGCUUUUGACUUGGAAGAAGAUGAACCCUUGAUGGAUCCUGCAUGGCCACAUCUGCAAAUUGUUUACGAGUUCUUUCUUAGAUUUGUGGCAUCGCCAGAGACAGAUGCAAAAUUGGCUAAGCGAUACAUUGAUCACUCUUUUGUCCUAAGGUUAUUAGAUCUCUUUGAUUCAGAAGAUCCAAGAGAAAGGGAGUACUUGAAGACAGUUCUGCACCGCAUAUAUGGAAAAUUCAUGGUGCACCGCCCUUUCAUUAGGAAAUCAAUCAACAAUAUAUUUUACCGGUUUAUCUUUGAAACUGAGAAGCAUAAUGGAAUAGCAGAACUUUUAGAAAUUUUGGGCAGUAUAAUCAAUGGAUUUGCACUUCCGCUGAAGGAAGAGCACAAGUUAUUCCUUGUUCGUGUUCUUAUUCCACUUCAUAAACCAAAGUGUAUACAAAUGUAUCAUCAACAGUUAUCUUACUGCAUAACACAAUUUGUGGAGAAGGACUGCAAGCUCGCUGAUACUGUCAUAAGAGGUUUGUUGAAAUAUUGGCCUAUCACAAACAGUUCCAAGGAAGUAAUGUUCUUAGGUGAGCUGGAGGAGGUUCUAGAAGCAACUCAGCCUCCAGAAUUCCAGCGGUGUUUGGUGCCUUUGUUUUGUCAGAUCAGCCGCUGUUUGAGCAGCUCACACUUUCAGGUGGCUGAGAGGGCUUUGUUCCUAUGGAACAAUGAUCAUGUUGAGAGCCUGAUCAAACAAAAUCGUAAAGUUAUACUGCCGAUAAUCUUCCCUGCCUUGGAGAAGAAUGCUAGAGGCCACUGGAAUCAGGCGGUGCAAAGCUUGACAUUAAAUGUCCGCAAGAUCUUCUCUGAUAUCGAUUCCGAGCUCUUUGAAGAGUGUUUGCAGAAAUUCGAAGAAGAUGAGACCCAAGAAGAGGAGGUAAAGAAGAAACGUGAAGCAACUUGGAAACGGUUAGAGGAGCUUGCUGGAAUGAAAGCUGCAGCAAGCAAUGAGCCAGUGCUAGUUUCUCCCAGGAAAACGUCUCAUUCACCAUCUGGCUAAAGACAAUAUUUGUUAUUGUUGCUUUUCCUUUGAUCGGGUGACCAGUAGGCUAAUUGAGGAAAGAAACUGUGAAGAGGAGUCUGCGUCUCCUUGUUUGUUCAUACAGCAAGACAUCCUGAAGCACGGACUGUACAUAUGGAAUCGCGUCACUGGAGAACCCCAACUAACAUUCUAUAGUCUGCAUCAGUCCACGCGUGGCUCGAGUUCAGUUGGUGUUUGCUUUGUUGGAGUUUGGUAUGAUGAGAGUGGAAAAGCAUCCUACUUCAGGUAUAUGUCUUAAGUUCCUUUUAGGCUGCUAACACUUGAAUCCUUGUACCGUCAAAAUACAUGCUUUGACUUUGUAGCUUGGCAUGAAAUAUCCGUGUAGAUAAUCUUGAGAAUAUUCAAAUCAAGGUGACAUAAUUAAGUUGCAAUGUUAAAGUAGUAGUAGUAGUUAUUUUUUUGAAUUCACACGCUGCUUGCAAUGAGUAUUUUGGGAGUUUCCUUCA